UGCUCCAGCCUGCGUCCUGUAAAAGCUCCGAGGCCCGGGUGGCACCCGGCGCGAACGGCGGGCGACGCCUGCGCAGUGCGGCCGCGGGACCGUAGUCUUCUCCCGCGCCGCCGACCAGGCCCCCCACGCGAUGGCGGAAGAGGUGAGCACCCUGAUGAAGGCCACGGUCCUGAUGCGGCAGCCCGGGCGGGUGCUGGAGAUCCUGGGCGCGCUCCGCAGCGGCGGUGGAGACCGGCUACAGGUGAUUUCUGAUUUUGACAUGACCUUGAGCAGGUUUGCAUAUAAUGGAAAGCGAUGCCCUUCUUCUUACAAUAUUCUGGAUAACAGCAAGAUCGUCAGUGAGGAGUGUCGGAAAGAGCUCGCGGCGCUCUAUCACCACUACUACCCAAUUGAGAUUGACCCACACCGGUCCAUCAAAGAGAAGUUGCCUCAGAUGGUAGAAUGGUGGACUAGAGCGCACAACCUCCUGUGUCAGCAGAGGAUCCAGAAGUGUCAGAUAGCGCAAGUGGUCGGAGAGUCCACUGCAAUGCUCAGGGAGGGAUAUAAGACAUUCUUCAACACACUCUAUCGUAACAACGUUCCCCUUUUCAUCUUUUCUGCGGGCAUUGGUGAUGUCCUGGAAGAAAUUAUCCGACAGAUGAAAGUGUUCCACCCCAACAUCCACAUCGUGUCUAACUAUAUGGAUUUUAAUGAAGAUGAUUUCCUUUCCUCUGUGACAGAAUGGAAAACUGGCACUACAUGGGUCCCUGCUACCGGUCUCCUGUUUUUUCAGGGUUUUCUGCAGGGAUUCAAGGGCCAGCUCAUACACACCUACAACAAGAACAGCUCUGUGUGUGAGAACUCCAGCUACUUCCAGCAGCUUCAGGGCAAAACCAACAUCCUCCUGCUUGGAGACUCCCUGGGGGACCUCACUAUGGCCGAUGGGGUUCCUGGAGUGCAGAACAUUCUCAAGAUUGGCUUCCUAAAUGACAAGGUGGAGGAGCAGCGGCAGCGCUACAUGGAGUCCUAUGACAUUGUGCUGGAGAAGGACGAGACGCUGGAUGUGGUGAACGGGCUGCUGCAGCACAUCCUGCCCCAGGGGGACCGCCUGGAGAUGCGGGACUCCUGAGGGCGCAGGGCCAGGCCUGGCCUUGCAGGUCACACUGAGGAGGGGACCCCUCCCCAGGAGGCUGCUCUGCUGUGAGCCCAGAGGAAAGUCCUGGACAACCAAGAGCCACUGGACACUCCCCCGCCUGCCUCUUCCCUCCAAAGCCUUCACUUGCCUCUUCAACAGAGCCUUGCAGGAGGCCCACGGGGAGGGAGGGCGGCAAGCGGGGUUCCAAGGACCCCAUGUUAACGUUCUCCAGAUCGUCUAGGCCACGGGUUCUUUGUGGUGCACGCCUGUCGUCCCAGAGGCUCAGGAAACCGAGACAGGAGGAUCACAAGUUCGAGACCAGCCUCAGCA